CGCAGGUCAAUAACCAUGGGAAAAAUCAUCUUUUACGAGGACAGGAACUUCCAGGGUCGCUCCUAUGAGUGCAUGAGCGACUGUUCCGAUAUGUCCUCCUUCCUCAGCCGCUGCCACUCCUGCAGGGUGGAGAGCGGCUGCUUCAUGAUCUACGACCGUCCCAACUUCAUGGGUAACCAGUACUUCAUGAAGAGGGGCGAGUACUCCGACUAUAUGCGCAUGAUGGGCAUGAAUGACAACAUCAAAUCCUGCCGCAGCAUCCCCAUGCACAGAGGACAGUUCAGAAUGAGGAUCUACGAGAGGGAGAACUUCGGUGGUCAGAUGCACGAGCUGAUGGAUGACUGUGACUCCAUCCAGGACCGCUACCGCAUGUCUGACUGCCAGUCCUGCAAUGUUAUGGAUGGCCACUGGCUCAUGUACGAGCAACCCCACUUCAGAGGCAGAAUGAGUUACAUGGCUCCUGGAGAGUACAGAAACCUCAGGAACAUGGGAUUCAAGUGUAUGAGCAUGAGGCGUAUCAUGCACUCCCUCUAUAACUAAAAGGAUACUUUAGA